CAGGCCUAGGAAUCACCGACCAGGAGCCCUGCCUCUUAUGAGCGCCUUUGCUCGGUCGAGAAAUCCCGUGUCUUCCCCAGUGCACCAAAACGGAACUGACAAAGAUAUAGUGGACAGUCGACGGGAAUACGAACAGGAAUCAGCUAGCAGGACACCCCUCCACGCCGAUCCAACUCAUCAGCAGCUCAUGUCUCGGGUGUUAAGUCCAGCGCUUCCGGUUCCUGGUGGAGGCGGCUUGGUCCCACUCCCUAGUCCAGCUGGAAGCCGGCCUAGUCCCCCCCAUCACGAGUUGCGCCUGGACACCCCUGCUUCCGAACCUCUCCAUCACCAUCCCUACAAGCAUCCGGUCUCCGCUUACGACCAUUAUCUAGGAGCCAAGAGCCGGCCAGCCCCCUACCCCUUGCCCGGUAUCCGAGGACACAGUUACCACCAUCACCACCAUCACCACAUGAAUCCAGCCGCCGCGGCUGCAGCCGCUGCAGCUGCCGCGGCCGCCAACAUGUACUCCUCCGGCGCUCCCACGACCUACGACUACGGACCGAGAUAACGUCUCUGAUGCACACUCCUUGAGCUCAGACCGACUCUUUGCAUGGCGUGAAUUGCUCAGUACGUUUGGGAAGAGUGUCCUGUUUUGUCGAAUUGGGGGUGGGGGUGGGGAAUCCGCCAUCAUCCCUCAUGCACACGGUUUUCUU